GCGAGUUUGUUCGCGUAUUGCAGUCUUGAAACUCAUACACAUAUCUGAAGAACAUUAUAGGAAUAUCGUGAAGAAAACCUGUUUAAAAAAGAUGCCAGGAGAAAGACUAUCAAUCCGAGAUAACGCCGCUGUCGGCCGUUUCCAUGGUGUUUCUGCCAGCAAUGGCCAGGCCGUCCCAGAGAGACACACCGAGUCCAAAAUGAAGAAAGAAGAGAGCGGAUGCCGCCGCUGGUUUCGGAGAGCCUGUCCGUGUUGCUUCCGGAGACAGAACAGCUCGUAUGAUGUGAGCGGUGACGUGGAUGGUGUGGCUGCUGGGGACGGAGAGAAUGAAGGACCGACGACUCCGCUGACUCCCACCGGAGAUACAGAGCUGGACGAGUUGACUCUAGCAGUGCGUUCUGUGGAUCUGCUCAGUCGGAAAUCCGAUCGGAACAAGAAGGAGCAUCACACGGAUCAAUACAACAGCGACCAGCUCAUCAUCCGCAGAGGCCAGACUUUUCAAAUAGAGCUCGACCUCUCACGACCUUUCAACCCAAACACAGAUAAACUUCACCUGGAAAUGAAGACAGUGAUAGAGCUCACCUCUGGUGCAGAGAGAGGAAGUGAGGGAGAGAUAAGAAGGAAUUCAUCCCUGAAGCAAUACAAACCACUUCAUGACACGGUGUACAUGGAGGGGGAGAAAGAGCUGAAGGAGUACGUCUUAAAUGACACUGGAAGAAUCUACUAUGGCACUGAGAAGCAGAUUGGAGCUCAUGACACGGUGUACAUGGAGGGGGAGAAAGAGCUGAAGGAGUACGUCUUAAAUGACACUGGAAGAAUCUACUAUGGCACUGAGAAGCAGAUUGGAGCUCGUACGUGGAACUUCGGCCAGUCUUCAGAUGACACGGUGUACAUGGAGGGGGAGAAAGAGCUGAAGGAGUACGUCUUAAAUGACACUGGAAGAAUCUACUAUGGCACUGAGAAGCAGAUUGGAGCUCGUACGUGGAACUUCGGCCAGUUUGAUGAAGGAAUUCUGGAGGCCUGUCUGUUUGUGCUGGAUAAUAGCGAGGUUCCUCCCUCGGGUAGAGGAGAUCCUGUCAAUGUGGUCCGAGUCAUUUCUGCCAUGAUCAAUUCUCCGGAUGACCUUGGUGUUCUGGAGGGAAACUGGUCUGGGAAUUACGCGGGUGGGACGUCUCCCACGGCCUGGAGUGGAAGUGUUGAAAUCCUCAGACAAUACCACAGAGAAGGAGGAACGCCCGUCAAAUACGGCCAGUGCUGGGUGUUUUCUGGGGUCACAACCACAGUAUUGAGAUGUUUAGGUAUUCCUACCCGUUCCGUAACUAAUUUCCAGUCUGCCCAUGAUACGGAUGUGUCCUUGACAACAGAUGUGUAUUUUGAUGAGAAUAUGGAACCAAUCCAUCAUCUCAACUCGGACUCUGUAUGGAACUUCCAUGUGUGGAAUGACUGCUGGAUGGCCCGUCCGGAUCUGCCUCCGGGUAUGGGUGGCUGGCAGGCCGUGGAUUCCACACCCCAGGAGACCAGUCACGGGACGUUCCGCUGUGGCCCGGCGUCACUGGCCGCUAUUCGCUCUGGACAGGUCUACCUUAAAUUCGACACGCCUUUCGUCUUCGCUGAGGUGAACAGUGAUAAGAUCUACUGGCAGAGGAACCUGGAUUGCACCUUCAGUCAGAUCCACAGUGAGAAGAAAGCAGUCGGCCACUGCAUCAGCACUAAAGCUGUGGGCUCCGACGAGCGUGUCGACAUCACACACCUUUACAAAUAUCCUGAAGGCUCGGAAGAGGAGCGUAUCGCUGUGGAAACCGCCUGUCGCUAUGGCUCUAAACCCGACGUCUACUCCAGUCCCAUUGCUGAGGAUGUGCGGGUGGAGGUGAUGAUGGAGGGAGAAGGUCCACGCAUGGGAGGAGACGCUCAGCUGAAGAUCGUGGUGAAGAACACCAGCUCUCAGCCGCGCAGAACCACCCUCCACAGCCAGGUGGCGGUCAUGUACUACACCGGCGUGCUGAAGGACACCGUCAAGAAGGACACGCUUAAUGUGGAGCUGAACCCACAGGAAGAGAAGAUCAUUGAAUGGGUGCUGCCAUACACACAGUAUCAGAAUCAGCUGGUGGAUCAGGCCGCGCUCAUGCUGACUCUGUCUGGACGGGUCAGUGAGACCCAGCAGGUUUUGGCCAAUCAGACCAGCUUUAGGCUCCGAACGCCUGAUCUCAACAUUGAGCCUAUCGGAGAGGCAUAUGUGGGCAAGGAGACGUCUGCGAAGAUCACAUUCACAAAUCCUCUGCCUUGUACUCUGCGUAAUGUGGUCAUCCGAGUGGAAGGACUGGGGCUGAGAGACCUCCAUCCCAUCAGAGUCGGUGAUGUGAGCAAACAUGCCAACGUGACGGUGACGGAGCACUUCAUCCCCACGAUAGCGGGCAAGAGGAAGCUGGUGGCGUCUCUGGACUGCAGACAGCUGACGCAGGUGCACGGCGUGGCCGACAUCGAUGUUCACGAGAGCCAGUGAAUUCAGUUAUCAUUAUCAGUAACUGCACAGAUAAGUAGUUUACGCUGAGCCAUAUGGUUAUUUCUACAGUCAGACAUCUUAAAGAAAUAACCCUCUUUUUCACAUACAAUCGUUCCUACUGUAUGUCCCUAAUUUGAA